UGGAGAAGAUGUCCACUAAGGUAGGAGACUCGGAAAAGACCACAGCGAUAGUUCGAUGUAUCUUUAAACGUCGCAAAGAGGGUGAACUGACUCUAAUACCAGGAGAGGUUAUUACAGUUAACAGUCAGGAUAUUUACAGUGGUUGGUAUGAAGGUAUGAACUCUAAUGGAGAGUAUGGACUGUUCCCAGGCCAAAAUGUUGAGUUGUUGAUGGACUCUGUGCCAGCUAUCAAGAUAGAAGAAACAUGUGCUGCUGAUUCACAUUAUGAAGAAAUAGAUGUGGUUGAGCUCAGAUCAAAGAACUCUUAUAGCAAUUCAGACACGUCUGUUGAAUCAAUUGACCAGGUUUAUGAAGUAAUAACCCAUGAAGCAGAGGACAAACGAAGCAGUAAUGAAUCAACUCCAAAAAGGAUAACCAGACUAUACCAUUUUACAAAAACUGAAGCAGAACCCUUCAUCGCAGGGAAAACUGUGAAGACAGCCACAAAAAUUAAACUGACAUUCAAUGAAAAUGGUGCUUCUUGGGUAUAUCCAAUAGUACCGUUGGAAUGCACAAUUACCAAUCCUCAGAUAGAAACCAAAUAUUCAGGGAUGAAGAAAUACAUUUCUUACCAAAUCACACCCAAUGAUACAAAUAUCUCAGUUUACCAUCGAUACAAACAUUUUGACUGGCUGUACUGUCGGCUCAUAGAGAAGUUUGGAUCCAUAAUCCCAAUCCCACUACUUCCAGAAAAAGAUAUUCCAUGGAGGUACAGUGAUGACUUUGUGCAGGCUCGUAUGGGUGGUUUGCAGGCCUGGAUUAACCGCAUAUCGCGCCACCCUAUUAUCUCUCACAGUGAGAUCUUUCAACACUUUAUCAGAAGAAGAGAUGAAAAAGAUUGGAAAUCUGGUAAAAGAAAUGCAGAGAAGGAUGAAGCUGUUGGAGGAAUGAUAUUCUCUGAAAUAAUGCCAUCAUCAGAGUUUCGGCUGCUGAAUGGAGAAGAACCAGAAAAAUAUUUGACCUUUGCCAAAUGUAUGGGAGAAAGUGUUAGAAGUCUUAUAACAGUGACAGAGGAACACAUGGCACGGUGCACUGGAUCACUGAAGUCAGAGUAUAUCAAAAUAGGGAAGGCCUUCUCAGAUAUCUCAGCAUCAUUUGCUAAAAGCACCUAUCUUGGGAAAGAAUCCAUUGGAAAUGCAUUGGCAUUUGUGGGAAAAACGUACGAUGAUAUUGGGAAUGUUUAUUUUGAUCAGCCAAAGCAAGGUGUUCACUGUCUGUUGGAGAUCAGUAAAGAGUAUAAAGGAUUGCUGGCCUGUUUCCCUGAUAUUAUAAACAUCCUCAAGGGAGCAAUAGAAAAGGCUCAUGAAUAUGAAAAACUUGCUCAAGUCAACAAAGUCACAAUGAAAGAAAAGGAAGCCAUAGUUUUCAAAGCUGGAGUCGUGUCUUCAACUAUACAGGCUGAAAUCAAUCACUUUAACCGUGAGCUUACUAAUGACUACAAAGAAACAAUUCAACAUUUUCUGUAUGAACAGGUUCAGAUGUAUAGCAAGAUAACAGAUAAGUUGAGAGAGGCAUAUGCUCGCUUUGAAUUCUAAUGGCUCCCACCAGACUCUUAGACCUCUUCAAAAAGUUACAAUUUUGUAAUUUGACAUAUAAAUUUUUUGUAAA